UAGUUGAAAUAUUUUUUUCUAUCCAUUCGAAAAAACGUAAAGAUUUAUUCAGAAAAUGUUGUCUCUUGUUUUCGUUAUUUGGUCAUGGUUUUGCUAUAUAUUUUAAGUGGGUUAAAUCAACGCCGCUGUAGUUAAGGACUCGUUUUCCCAUGGUGCUUGUGGCUCCCCCUCCCUAUCUCGCGCCUUCCCCUCUAGUCUCUCUCAAACUCCAUCGGUGUUGUUGUCGAAGCUAAUGAUGGCGGCGGCGGGAUGCGGAUCGGCAACCGCGUCUGCUGUUGGAGGCCCAAGCGGUAUGGCCGCAGCUCGGGGGCGCUUUCCGGGUCGGCCGUGGUCAUCUCGCAGCCGUCUGCGUUCGGAGAGGCGCUCGCAGCUCGGUCGGUUAAGGAUCGAUACCGGAGAGACGGACACUGGAGGCCCAAGGCCCGCCAGCAGUGGACUGGUAGCGAGCGAUGACCCUUCUCAUUUACGCUUACUGGGGAUAGAGGCGAAACACAAGCGCCUGGGAGAGGCCGGCUACAGCUCAAGUGGCAGCGAAGAGGGAGAUGAUUUCCCUGGGUUUGAAGUGAAAAAAGCAGGCUACAGGACCACACUUCGUUUUGGACAACGUUCCUGCAAAAGCAAACCUGUCCAAAUUCAGUUGUCAAAGCAGAUACAAGACAAGCCCCCUCCAGUUUUGGUUGCAGCAGAAACUAAUGCUAAGCCCCCAGCUUCUGCAAAAGUUUCAAAAGUUAAUCAGGCAUGCAGACCAAGAACUGAAAAUACUAAGUCACAGAGAAGUGGUUGCAAGAAUUCAUUGUACAACAGCCCAUCUAAAAUAAUUAAAAAAGGAUUGAAGUCUCAAAACACCUCAAAACCCAAGAUCACAGUGAAGCUUGUUACUAAAAGGACAGCUAAAAAAGAAGUAGUAGUUCGUAAAAAAGCUGUAAAAAAGCUCAAAGUAGCUGGGUUCAAGUUUUUAUCAAAAACUAGGCAAAUCCAAGGAGCUCAACUUUCAAGUGCUCAUGUUAAGUUAAAGAGUGGGAGAGAAACCUAUGAGUCUGAAAAACCUGAAGAACCAAGUGAUACUGGGCAAAGUCUCAAAAUUGCAAGACAGGGGCGCCGACUGUUAGGUAAGAGAAUGGAAUCAAAUGAUGGUGAACCUGGAGCCAAAUGUGAGAUUGAUAACCAGAAAAUGGAGGACACAAACACUCUGCCGAGGCUUGGUUUACUUUUGGAAAACAGAAGUUCUGAAUCCAUACCUGAUAGAAAAAGAAGUAGGGGAAAUGCUGCAGUUUCAAAAGUGAGAAGUGAAGUUUGCAGAGUAGGAAAGGUACCACCUAAAAAGCAGGCUUCGUUAUUAGAAGAUGAUGGAGACCUUAUUGUUACAUCAGAAAACAACCAGGAAGAAAGUGUGACCAGAGAAUUGUCAGAGGUUUCAAACCCAGGAGCUGACAAACCAGUGGGCACGGAGAGCAAUGGCGGAGUUGGGAGUGAAGAGCAGAGGGAUGUCUUCAAAGCUUCUGAUAUUAAACUUUCUUUGGCUACUGAGUUGGAAACACCAUCUACAGAACCUGGUGAGAACUUAUUGUAUGAAAAACAAGGUGAAGAUAUGCGUGUUCCUGGCUUGAAAUUGACAAGGGUGAGGAACCCUAAGGCUAUGGUAGGUGAUUCAGGCCGGUCUCGUGGAGGCAGGGGUAGCAAAGGCUCUUCUAGGAAGAAACAGAGUAAAUUUGUUUGGACGCUGACUGUUGUGAAAGGCAAGAGCAAAGAUACAAAGAUGGAAGAGUCCGUAGAUUUUGGAAAGACAGUAGGAGUGACAAAAGUAAUGCCAGAAGGUAUCCAAGCUGCAUCUACAGACUCUUGGGUGACUCAGAGCCAGUACAAGGAGGAUAACCAGGAUGCCAAAGUUGAUACUGCCUCUGUAACUCAACCUGAAGAGAGGCAGGAAAAGUCUUUCGAUAGUGAAACACCCAGUGCGUUACUUGAAGUUGAAAAGGUAGAGGUAGUUCAAGCACAUCUGGAGGAGGGAACACAAAUAGAUGAUAUUGUGAUAUCACAAAAAGCAGUUCCACCACUUCAGCUGAAACUGGUUUCCUCUCCAGGAAAACAAAACAUGCAGCCAUCUCUCUUUAUCAGGAGAAUCAAUCCUGAUCCUCCUGAAAAAGUGUUCACUGCAGGUAAUAUCACUGAAAUUCCACAAGAACCUUUGACUUUGGAGGUGAUUGCUCCCCCCAUCUCUAAGCGAAAGACUAGAUUACCCCUAGCCUCAUCACGCAAAAAGCGUGGCCACAAACCGUGGACAACCCAUAAACGUAAGAGUAAGCAAAACAAUGGUGCUGAAAUCCAGUCAGUCUUGCCUGCUGCCCAAAAUGAGGUCCAGACUGAGGAAUUAAUGUUAGCUGCUAUUGUUGAACCAAAAUCUGUACCAAAUGAAAUGGGAAUUAAAAAUACAGAAUGUUCUUCCUCAAGCCGAAAGGACUCAGAGCCCACAAAUGCCUUUGAAUCAAGUUCUUCUGAACCUCAGACUAUGCCAGACUCACAGGCAGAAAGCAAAGGAGAGCUGGAAAAGAAGCCAACAGACGGUGAAGUGCUUGUGUUAGAUCCUCCAAUAUCUGAAAGGUCACAUUCACGCUACAUCAGACACCCAUUAAAACGUGGGAAAAAGAGACGCCGAUCAUUAAUUGGACCAAGAUUGAAACGGGGUGGACUUCCAAAGUUGCCCAAAGAGGAGGAGGUUGCAUUGGAUAAUAAUUGCCCUCCUGUUGCCACAUCAACCCCAUCAAGACCCAAACUAGUUGGUGUUCUAAAGAAGAAAUACAGAAGGAAACCAGUUCCUACCUCAUCCCUUCCAUUCCAUGGGGUGAAGCGGCCAAGAACUAAGUCGACCAUUUUAAGCAAAAAAGUAGAAUUGGGCUUGACCACGCAGCUGUUUAGUUCAGAAGAAACAGUUGGGGUUCAGGCAGAGCCACAUUUGGCUUCCAGGAAUAUCAAACAAGGUAAAUCAAAGUUUCUCAAGAAUAUCCGCCACUUUAUAAUGCCUGUGGUUAGUGCACGUUCCUCACGUGUCAUCAAAACCCCAAUGAGGUUCAUGGAUGAUGCUGGCAUGUCUGUUUUGCCACGCAGGGCCUCCCCCAAAAAAGGUCACCACUUUAAUUUGCACCAUCGCUCAUAUAAAAAGAAAGAUGGUCCUGUUGAAGACCACCAAUUUCCUGAAAACUCAGUGCAGGGUGAUGACCUUCCAACAGGUAGGCUGUCAGAUGUUGAUUUGUCAGUAACUCCAGAGCCUGACCAGAACUUGACACUUGCUACUGAAAGCCACCUGUCAGAAAGCCUGUCUGGAAAGCGAAAGUCUCUUUUGCGAGAGCCAAGCUUUAAGUGGCGAGUACUUGGCUCCUCUGGUGGGGAAGUGUACACACUGGCGAAGCAUAACGAACAAGUUAGCAAGGGAGAGAAGUCUUCUGAUUUUCUUUCAUCAGUCAGUUCAAGUUCUGCUUUGAAAAAAACCCAAAAGCUAAAUAAGAAGACUCCUCACUUUGAAGUGUACAAGAAAUUGAAGAAGCUGAAUACAGGUACACGGAAAAAACGAAGGAAACGUAUUAGUGAUCUAGUUAAACCUGCUUUGAAGUCCUCUUCUGAGGCAGUGAAUAGAAUGCAAGAUACAAUGGCAAAAAGUUCCAGACCUUGUUCUUUGCUCUCCAACUUGGAAAAAGGCAAGUUGAAGAUAGAGGACCUUGACUCUCCAGGUGUUGUACGUAAAGUGUCAGUUUGUGUCCGCACACUUACUUCUGAAAUGUUGAAAUCUCACAUUGAACGGAGUGCUGCAAAUGAGAAAAACAAGUCUGAUAGGACUACAGACCCAGUAGAAGAAGAAAGCAAAACUGAGAGGGCUUUAGACUCCACCGGGCCAAUGGAUGUGCCAAAAGUAUCCUCUACAGGAGAAUCGAUUGACCCAGAAGGUCAAAAGCAAGACUCCAAGGAAGAGCUUGAUCAUAGUGCAGAAAGUGACCGAGUGGUUCUGGAAGAGAAGGGUACCUCCCACAGAAUUCGUCUCACCGGUGCAAACAAGAGGAUGUUUCAUCUUUUAAAGAGAGCAAAGGUCCAGCUCAUUAAAAUUGACCAGCAGAAACAACUGAAGUCUUCUCAGCUUCUUUCUGGAUCUCAGAAUAUGGGUUCUCGAGAUCCAAGCAUGGUGGUUGUGAAAAGGAGGAGAAGGAAACUGAAAGAGCGCCUUGAGAGAGGACCUCAAAAUGGUAUUCCUCAGCAGCGUGUGGGAGGGCCACGGAUCAAGCAUGUGUGCCGAGAUGCCGCUGUCGUGCUGGGCCAGCCUCGUGCCAUGGUGCCAGAUGACGUUCCGAGACUGAGCGCCCUUCCCCUUCACGAGAGAGAGACCAUCCCCUCCUCUCCAGCAGCACAAGGUGUGUCACCAUCUGAACCAGAGAGUCCCACUCUACAAGACCAGAAAACUCUUAAGGGGAGGAAGUCAUGUGGGGGCCGGUUCAGGGGUGACUUUGGGGGCUUCGGCUUGAGAUCUCGCAGAUGCGGCAAGUGCAAGGGAUGCUUGCACGAAGAGGAUUGCGGCAAGUGCAUGAACUGCCUGGACAAGCCAAAGUUCGGUGGACCUAACACCAAGCGUCAGUGCUGUGUGUAUAAAAGGUGCGAUUGGAUUGAGGAAAAAAAGGCACUGCGUUUAGGAGGGAAGCUUUACAAAGGCCAUGGGAAGCGGAGACGCUCAUCGGCCAGUGUAUGCCAUUCCAGCAAUGAGGAAGGGGAUGCUGGGGAUGGGGGUAGAGUGUCGCCCACAGGCCUUCCUGAUGGCCAAAGCCCAUCGCUCCGGAAACAGCCACGUCGCUGUGUCAAGCAGCGCUCUUACUGUGACCUUCUGGAUUAUGACUCGGACCUAGACCUGAUGGGGAGCACUAACUCGGCAUCCCCUCGGAGAAGGUCUACAGGCCCCCGCAGUCAGGAUUUUGGGUCCAUGGAUGGGUUGCCAGGUGAUACCUCUGAAGAUGGCAUGAGGGGUCGUCGCUCAGGGCAGCACAGAGGCCCAUUAGGGCGACGCAAAGUAGAAAAGAGUCCCCUGGAGCAGACACCUCCCAGUGUCCUGGCUGCGCUGGCUAAUGGCUUUGCCCAGAGGGAAAAGGAACCCUCCCAACCUUCACACAAGAUCCGGGUCGACUUCAAGGAGGACUGUAACCUUCAGAAUGUCUGGAAGCUGGGAGGUCUCAGCAUCCUAACCUCAGUCCCAGUUGUCCCUCCACAUGUCUGUCUGCUCUGUGCCAGCAAAGGGCAGCAUGAGAUGGUGUACUGUCAGGUUUGCUGUGAGCCAUUCCAUCCCUUCUGCUUGGAGCCCUGGGAGCGCCCCCUAGAAGAAAACAAGGAGAACUGGUGCUGUCGCCGCUGCAGAUUCUGCCAUGUUUGUGGCCACAAGGGAAAGCAUUCUAAGCCACUUUUGGAGUGCGAGCGAUGUCAGAAUUGUUAUCAUCCACCCUGCUUGGGACCCAACUACCCAAAACCUAACAAGAAAUCUUGCAAAAAAUCAUGGGUGUGCAUGACAUGUAUCAGAUGUAAAAGCUGUGGUGUGACUCCAGGAAAAAGUUGGGACACAGAAUGGAACCAUGAUAAGGGUCUUUGUCCUGAUUGCACCAAACUCUAUGACCAAGGUAACUACUGUCCCAUCUGUAACAAGUGCUAUGAAGAUAAUGAUUAUGACAGUCAGAUGAUGCAGUGUGCGUCCUGUAACCACUGGGUCCAUGCAAAAUGUGAGGAACUGUCUGAUGACUUGUAUGAGAUCCUGUCUAGCCUCCCAGAGAGUGUAGUUUACUCAUGCCAGCCCUGUAGCCACAGCCAGCCCAGCAACUGGAGGGAGCUGCUGCACAUGGAGCUGAAGGCUGGUGUGGAGAAAGUGCUGGCCUGCCUGCUCACCUCCUCGCUAACCCAACACUUGGUCAGCUGCAGUGAGUGCACAGCAUUGACUGACUUGGAGUGUUGGAGAGAGGAACAUCCAGCUUGUGAUCUUCGUGCCAUUGGCAGAAAGUUUGACAAAGGGCUCUACACUACACUGAAAUUAUUCCAUGAGGAUGUGGCCCUAGUGAUCCAGAAAAAGCUGGCAGAAGAGGCAGAAGCGCUUCCUGAAGAGCAGAGGCCUAGUGCUCUAGCCAGGUCCUACUAUUUGAAGCUGCUGGAAGAAGUUUUCAGCUGGUUUAAUGGCCAAGAUUCCAAAGUAUGGAAUCCAUGUUCCAAAGAAUUUCCGGUUGGAAUGCUGUCCAACGCGGUGCUGCCUCCAUCCACUGAGCAUGUGUAUGCCCAGUGGCGAGAGAGGGAGGAGCAAAAGGCUAUGGUGCUGUCUUGCACCCAGAAUGUGGAUGAUGGGGAUCUUGAGGACAACACUGAAGAGAGGACCCACUUCUCCACUCCAGUGACAAGUAAACCAGUCACCAGCUAUUUUCGAAAUAUGCGCAACCACAGAUUAAAACUCAAAGGAAAGAAGGGCCGACCCUCCAAAGCAGACUUGGACACUGGCUGGUCUAAGGAAGAUGAACGGCAGUGUUCCCUUUGUCAGAAAUAUGGUGAUGCAAAAUCCAAUGAGGCAGGCAGACUGCUGUACCUGGGCCAGAAUGAAUGGGCUCAUGUCAAUUGCUCCAUGUGGUCAGCAGAGGUGUUUGAAGAGGACAAUGGCUCUUUAAUGCAUGUGCACAGUGCUGUUGCUCGCGGUCGCCUCAUGCGAUGUGAGCGAUGUAACCAGACUGGGGCAACUGUAGGUUGUUGUCUGACCUCUUGCCAAAGCAACUACCACUUCAUGUGUGCCCGUACCCGAAACUGUGUCUUUCAGGAUGAUAAGAAGGUAUUCUGCUACAAGCACCGGGAUCUUAUCAGCGGAAAGAUAAUUACUGGACAAGGUUUUGAAGUUCAUCGAAGGGUAUAUGUGGAUUUUGAAGGGAUCAGCCUUCGUAGGAAAUUCCUGACUGGUUUAGAGCCAGAAUUAAUCAAUAUAUUGAUAGGCUCAUUGCAAAUUGAAAAGCUGGGUGUAUUAACUGAACUUUCAGCAUGCCAAGGAAAGCUGUUUCCUGUGGGGUAUCAAUGUUCACGGUGGUUCUGGAGCACGGUGGACCCACGUCGCAGAUGCAGAUACACAUGUCGGAUCAAGGAGGUUCGACCUCCCAUCCAGGAGAAGCUGGUUGAAGAGACACCAGACCAGGGAGAAAACCACACGAUUGCCCACAGCCCCUGUUCUCAAACAGAAACUAAAUCCAUGGAUCCCCAAAAGUUUCCAAAUCACUCCCCAAAAGAAGAACCUUCCUUCCCACCCCCCCUAACAAAAGCAGACCCAGGAGCGAGACCCAAAGUCCCUGGUUAUCCUCAAACCAGGAAACCUGCUGGGGGAAUGUCUCGACCCCUCCCUUCCCCAGGGGCAACACUUUCGAAAUCUCACCAUAUCCUCACCAUCAGUGAUUUGGAUGAGACCUGUCGUCCACGUCGCCAUAGUCCCAGCUCAAAUGCCACUGGGACCCGCAAUCGCAUCUCGUCCCCACCCUUGGGUACAUCCUCAGGAGCGAUCGCCCUUCGAGAAGCUGGGUCCCUGCACCCCAAGAACUCUCCAACAACCUCUCCAGAUUUCUCUGUUGGUGCUACUGAAAAUCAACUUCCCUGUCCUUCGACUCGUCUUGGGGGUCGCAGCACUCCCUUAGCGCAUGGUGCCAGGAUGGUAGCGCCCCACUCUACCUCAGGACUUUUCCCUCAAACCCAAUGGCAAGACAGUGUCAGCUCUCCUGCUUUAAAUAUGCCUGGCAGUUCGUUUUCUUCACAAACCGUUCAAAGAUUAUCUUGUGAUUUAAAAAGGACAGACUCAACAGAAAGGCCCCAUGAUUUUACUGUAUCAUCAGAGCCACAAAAUAUAGUUUCUGCAAACAUUUUACCAGGAAAAGGCACUUCUCUAGUUUCGAAUCAGAGUUUCUCGUACAGUCCAUUUGAUGCUGACUCUGAUGUGGGCGUAACCACAGACCUGGAAUUUGAAGAGACCUUGCUUAAUGAAGGUGUUGCAAUGAACUGUGGAGCCCAGAUUGUGGUUUGUGGGGAUGGAGAGGAGAACCUGGAUGAAUUUCGAGAUGGUGAGGUAGACAUAGGUAAAGGGACUACUCAUGGCAGAGCUUCUACUCAAUCCAGCUUGCCACCCAGGGAGGACUGGGGUAACACAUCCUCUGAUGAUGACAUGGAGAAUUACUACAAUUUCUCCCGCACAGUAGUGACUCACACUGUCCACAAGGAGGUUUCGCAAGCUCCAACACCCUCUUCCUCAGGUACCAUUUCCCAGCUAGAUGGUGUGGAUGAUGGGUCAGAAAGUGAUGCUAGCAUGGUCACCAGUGAUGGUACUCAGAACUUAAAGAGCUCUACCCAAACUCAAAUUCAGAAUCCCAACCAGUUACUUCAUUCACUGCAUCAGGAGGACAGGCAAACUAAUGGAUUAUGCAACCUGACUGUGGCCUCUACAUACCCUGGUUGUGGUACAUUGGCCAAAGCCAGUACCUCUUCUUCCUCAGAAGUACCGUAUGGCUACACACGCUGUGGAUCCCCCAAAGCAGAAGAUUCCAGUAAACAGGAGAGUGCCAUUACAGAGCAUACCUUGUUGCAUUACACAGCAGCUGACUCACUUGCACCUCACAAAGCUUUUAUGCAAACAAAUGAAGUAAGAAAAUGUCCCGCUAUAGACUUGCCCUCUGGUCUUCAACAGUCAAUUAGCAUUAUACCUGCCAAAAAUUAUGAUAAUAUGACUGGUGCAGAGCUCUCUAAGAGUUUACAGGUUCAAAGAGAGUCCGAUUCAGAACUUUCUCUUGUGCAAGAGCGUCGUGACCUUCCUUUACCAGAUAUUUGCAUGACUGAUCUGGUAACAGUCCAAGAUUCAGUGGACACAGACUCAAAGAAAGAUCGCCAAGGAGUUUUCUUGGAUCCCAGCAGUGGGCAUUUUGUUUCAGCUGAGGAUGGCUCUGCGAUUGACUUGAACCCUGUAACUGAAGGCAUAGAUAAAACAGGUUCAUUGGAAGGCACAGAUGAUGGCAGCCACAGUACGAUGAUACGUCCUUUUCAGUGCACACCUGUUCUUCAAAGAGCUGUUCUUGAUAGCUCUCAGGCUUCUCCAGGUCCAUUACGGCACCCAAUCUCAAUGCAGCUCCCGAUGCCGACUUUCAGACCUGCGCCCCUUGCCCACAUCCGUGCCACAGUUGACCCUCUGCAUUCUACCAGGAUGACAGUUCUGCCUUCUGUGGAGAAUUUCCGCACCUCUUUAUCACCCACCGAACCCUGUCGUCCAGUUCCUGUUACAGUAACUUAUGUUUCCUCUGGUUUUCCUUCUCAGAAUGAAACUGUUGUAUCUUUGACACCAAGCUCUGGUCUCCCUCUUGGGUCCUAUAAUUCGUUGCCUGUCCCCAUGUAUCCGGCCCAUACUUUACCAACAGGUGGUACAGCCGUUUCUUCUCACACCAUCACUAAAACUGAAGGUCUAUCUUUUCAAUUGAGGGAUGCCCCCCAGUGCCAGCCAGUACGUCCCACAUCUCAUCCUGCCCCUAUCUCUACACCCACCCCCAUUUUAAUAAAUGGUUGUAAUUCCACACCUUUACAGAAGGAUGCCUUUGCUGGGCGCACUAUCUCGAUAAACUUUUCCACCCCCAGACCAGCACUGGAGCCCCAGCAACAAGUAGUAAAUCAGUCUUUACCGGGUCAUGCAAUACUCACAGUUCGUGAGGUGGGUGGCCCCAAUGUUGACUCUACCCCACAUGUCUUACUUGUCAAUCGCCUUGGUCAGAUUUUUGUCAAAAAUCCAGAAAACAACACUUUUCAGCUACCUAAUCCCAGUUCCCCUUCCUUUGCUUCUGUGAAUCAAAUCGCUAGCCUCCUUCAAAGCAAUGCCCUGUCUGCCACUCUGGCAGCUGCAGGAAACGUGUCAGGUGUCGCAGGACCGACAGUCCAAACUCAAGCCCCCAAGAUGGUGACCCCUGUGACAUCACUAUCUGUAAUGCACCCAGGAGCCUCUGUCCACCCUGUAGGCCACAGUGGUAAUGGGAUGGUAGCAGCUCCUGAGGCCUUUCUGGGAAGGAAAUCAAAAGUAACGAUCGAUAAUACAGCCCCUGGGAUGAAAAAGUCCAAGAGCAGGAAAGCUACUCCUAACCCCAAAAGAAAUAAGUUAAAUAUGGCGGCUGUCCCCAGCCCUGAGCUGUCCACUAUUCAAGAUAAACCCUCACUAAAUGCCCAAGCCAUAAUUAACAAAGCCAUGGCUAGCUGCUACAGUCCUAGUGGAGCCAGCAUUCUGAGCCCUUCUCAUUUACGCACCUUGAACAGAGUACCGGCGCCAAACUCUGUGGUGCUGCCCCCUGAUCUCCUUAUUGAACCUGAACCUGCAGCCACACCUGUAAGCACAAGCUCUCGCCCCCGUUCUCAAGUCCGCAUUAAAAGGGUAUCAUCCUUAUCAGACCGUAUCACAGCCAAAAAGUCAAAGGUUGACAUCACGGAGUUGGAACCUUCUACUACACUGGAAGAACAACGUAAGACUAACAGUACUGUGGCAAGGUCCGGAGGUGUCCGCAUAAAAACUCCCACUGUGAAAGGUGUUUUGGACCUAGAUGAUCUAAAGGAGGAACGCCAAGGCAGCUUUGAGAACCCAAGGCCAGGACCAUGGGAUCGCUUAUCUUCAGCAUCUAAGGGCGGGGAUGUUAGCUACAGCAAGCCACUUAUGUGGGACAGCGCUGGGCGCUAUGCCCUAACUGACUGGAAUAAGCACUCAGGUGUAAUCUCAAGCUCAGAUGAUGAGAUGCCUCCGCCUGAGUUGGAUGAUGAGUGUCCUGUCAACAAAGAUCAGCCUCAUCUGCGCUUUGAGAUCACUAGCGAAGAUGGCUUCAGCGUAGAAGCAGACAGUAUAGAGGUGGCUUGGAAGGCUGUGAUCGAUGGAGUGCAGGAGGCCCGAGCUGGAGCACGUCUCAGGCAGCUGUCCUUCAUCGGCAUGGGCGGGGCACGCAUGCUGGGUGUCCUCCAUGACGCAGUGGUAUUCCUUGUGGAGCAGCUCCAGGGGGCCAAGCGCUGUCAGCGCCAUACCUUUCGCUUCCACAAGCAGGACACCCAAGAGGAAGAGCUUCCCGUCAAUCCCACUGGCUGUGCCCGCUCUGAGGUUUAUCUUAGGAAGUCCACCUUCGACAUGUUUAAUUUCCUGGCUUCCCAGCACAGACAGUUGCCUGACAAUGGCCCUUAUGACGAUGACGAGGAGGAAGUUCCACUGAAAUCCACCAGGCGUGCAACCAGUAUGGAGCUUCCUAUGGCCAUGCGCUUCCGACAUCUGGAGAGAACUUCAAAGGAAGCAGUGGGAGUGUACAGGUCUGCCAUCCAUGGCCGCGGCCUGUUUUGCAAGAGGAAUAUCGAUUGCGGGGAAAUGGUUAUCGAGUAUUCCGGGAUUGUCAUCCGUUCUGUCCUUACAGACAAAAGGGAGAAAUAUUAUGAUGGCAAGGGCAUUGGCUGUUAUAUGUUCCGCAUCGACGACUUUGAUGUGGUAGACGCCACCAUGCAUGGGAAUGCAGCACGCUUCAUCAACCACUCCUGUGAGCCCAACUGCUACUCACGUGUUAUCAACGUGGAGGGCCAGAAGCACAUUGUGAUCUUCGCUCUACGCAAGAUCUACCGGGGGGAGGAGCUCACCUACGACUACAAGUUCCCCAUCGAGGACGCCAGCAACAAGCUGAACUGCAACUGUGGAGCCAGACGCUGCCGUCGCUUCCUUAACUAGGAACACGGAACUAUGGGAGUGAAGGUCCUCCAAAUGCUGCCAUUGGCUGGAAGAAAGCUUGCUGAGCUAUGCAGGGAGAGAGGGGCUGGGUCCGGCAUGAUGAGGAGGAGCUAACGAUAGCUGGAGGGCAAAGGAGAAGAUAGGGGCACUUCUUUCCUAUCACCAGUUAAACUGAGCCAUCAUUUUGCUUCCUCUCUGCCUUUUUGUUUGACAAUCCCAAAUGCCAAAACGAAUGAGUAUAACGCACCCCAGGAAAGUGCUGUGUACAGCUGGUAAGGGAAGCUAUUUUCAGAACAGGAAAUCAAAAAAUAAAUGGUUUAGUCUCUUAAACUGGUAUCAGCUUCUACUACAUGUGCAGUUUUCCAUGCUGCAGAAACAUCCCUCACACCCACAUCAUUGUAUUGGGUAACAGAAGCCAAUUGUGCAUGUUCCCCUUCUGACAUCUUAUCAGGGGAAUUCUGUAAUCUUUUAUCCCACCACUCAUUUUAGAUUUUUAAGUCAUUCCUUAUUCUUGUGCAUUCUGUGAGACUGUACGAAUGCACAGAGAGUGUACAAUCCAUGAAGCAUUUUACUUUCCUAGAAAACAAUGUUGAGAAGCUUUAAAUCUGGACCUAUACUACUUUCAGGGCAGAUGUUUGUUGCAUCUUAGGAAAUAUUUUUCCCCCUGACUAUGCGUAUUGGCUUUUUACUGACAUGUCUCUAAAUGAUGGCUUAAGUCAAACUGCCAGUGAACAUCUCUAAACAUUUCUAAACUGAUACUGUUUUUCUUUUCUUUUUGUAAAAGCUCAACUUUCCAAUCUCUCCAACAUCUCCAAAAUUCAUCUAGAUUUGAUUGUCUGGCUGUCUAGGAACAUGUAAUUUUUAACUGAAUAAUUAUGAACACCUUUUAAAAUUCUAUUUAUGUGCGAAACACUACCUACCCUUAUUAUGGACCAUUUUGUAUUUGGUUUUUCCACUUCCUUUAAGUGCAAUAAUCUAAUUCUGGUUUUGCCACCCACACUCCAAUUCUAGACAUUUCGAAACUGCUGCCUUUGUACAUUACUUAAAGGAAAAAAAGGUCUUGUGUGUUUAAAUUUAACUGUGUUAAGUUCCUUGUUUUCCGUUAACAAACCCAUAGUAACUGGGAGGUAGAGUGAAUUCUUUGCUGUCCAUAAUGUAAAAACAAUGUUACUUACAGUAUCCAUAUGACAGAUUCUUUAUCUUUUAAGAUAAUUGUGGUUGAACGUAUCUGGAAUGUUUAUUGUAACUUGGCUUCCUGUAUUUCAGUUCAUAUUAGCUUUAUACUUUAACAUAAAGCAAAAGUUAUUAGUUCCCCAGUAUUUUAAUUUACUCAGCAAUCAGCCAUAAACAGCCUGCUAAGGAGCGAGUCUGCCUCCCCCCAUCGUCUUUCAGUGAAAUUCAUUGCCCCUCCGUAGCCCUUUCACAACACAGUGAGGAGGACCAUUAUUUCUCCACCCAGUACUACUUGUUCUUUAUCGCCAUUAAACCGUUAAUGGUGUGUGUUACGUGGUACCUUGCCCUACAAAGCUCUUGCAAGGAUUCUACCUCAGUAGCUCAUAAGGUGUAAAGGAAUGCAAGUGCAUAAAUAUGGCUUGGUCUCAGCUGUCCUGCAGAACUGGCUUGUGUGCAAUGAAGAAUGCAAAGCACUAGUUUUACUGAUUUUUUAACAUGGAAAUUACUCCCAGUACUGUUCUUCAAACAUUGUGUACCAACUUUAUUUUAAAGCAUAAAAAGAUUUGGGGGAAAAAUUAGAAUUACUGGUGAACUUGGCUUUGUUACCUUGUAUAAAGAACUUGAGUUUGUACAUAAUUGUAUACAUAUUUCUAAACCUGUUUAAUUUUUCUAUGCACUUUUUUAUUUAUGAUGUUAUUUGCUUAAUAAAGAUGUUAAGAUGUUUGAAAUGCA